UGCAGCGCGCCCGGGCAUCCGUCCCGUUAAUCCCGGCGGCGGCGGCGGAGGAGGAGGAAGAGGGAGGUCCCGCUGCAAAAGCGCGGCUCGCUCCUCCCGGCGUCCAAGCCUUGCAAAGAUGCCGCUGCACGGGCGGGCUAACCGGUUGCUUCCCCCCGCGCCGCUUUGCACCGACCGGAGCUGAGCGAGCGAUGUUCCCGGCGCCGCCGCCGCCGCCGCCGCCGCCGCCCCCGGUCGGCCGGUCCUCCAGCCCACCGCCGCCUCCUCCGCCUCCUCCUCCUCCUCCUCCGCCGUCCGAUGCUCCGGCCAGCGAGGCGGACUUGGCCGGCUGCAGCAAGGAGGAGCUGGUGCGCCGCUUGCGCCGGGAGGAGGCCGAGAAGCUGGCGGCGCUGGUGCAACGCGGCCGGCUGAUCCAGGGCGUGAACCGGCAGCUGCAGGAGCACCUGCGCGAGAUCCGCGAGCUGAAAGCCGUCAACGGGCGGCUGCAGGCGGAGAACCGCGAGCUGCGCGACCUCUGUUGCUUCCUGGACGAGGACCGGCUGAAAGCCAAGCGCCUGGCCCGGCACUGGCAGCUCUUCGGGCACCACGCAGCGCAAGUCCUGCGCGACGAGGUGGCCGGCUGCCUGCGCAAGCUGGCCGGCUUGGAAGGGCUGCAGGAGCGGCUGGCGCAGGACAACCUGGAGCUGAAGGAGCUCUGCUUGGCGCUGGAGGAUUGCGCCGCCGCCGCUGCCACCGCCGCCGCCGCCGCCGCCCGACCCGAUGCCAGCCCCAGCCCGGGCGGAGGCUCGUCGGAGCUCAGCCUGCCUUGCGGACCCCGCGAUCUGGGCGACGGCAGCUCCAGCACGGGCAGCGUGGGCAGCCCCGACCAGCCGCACCCCGCUUGCUCGCCCGACGAGUGAGGAGGAGGAGGAGGAGGAGGAUGCUGCACCGGACGGAUGGCAGCCUGGAGCGUGGGAACCCCGCGGAGAGGAAGAAGGGAGGCAGGGAAAGGAUGGAAGGCAGGCAGGAAGGCGAGGCAAGCCAACCCCCGCUUUCCCUGUAUUUAACCAGGAUCCCAAGGCUGGGCUGGCCAGAGUUGCAGCACAAACGCAGCCAGCUUCUGGAUCACACAGGACUCCGCAGCGGGGAUUUUAAAUUUAGAAGGCUUGU